ACACACACCUGAGUGUCUUCUGGACGCGGCGGCUGCAGCGCGGCGCGGUUGCCUGGAUACCGCUCGCAGGUUUAUUAAUAAUGGCAGAGAGGCGAGCGCAGUGAUCCGCUCUCCUCCGCAGCUCGCCACCUCCGAGAGCAAAGACAUCACCGGGACACACGACAAACAAACAAACAAACACACAAACAAACAAACACAUACACAAAACUGCAGGCAGGCUCCUGAAACAACCACAACCGGGAACCAAGACCCGCCUAAAAAAAUAACAUGAACCUUCUGAACCUCACAGCCGACGUCCUGCUCCAGCUCUAUAACCCCGGCUCCCCACCCUGCCCCUUCCCGGACAACCUGACCUCCCAGAACUGCACUAGCGGGACGUCCGGAGGCCCCAGUGUGAGCGGGGUCCUGAUCCCCCUCAUCUACUUCACCGUGUGCGUCAUCGGGCUGGGCGGGAACACGCUGGUCAUCCACGUGGUCCUCCGCUACUCCAGAACGGAGACCGUCACCAACAUCUACAUCCUGAACCUGGCGCUGGCUGACGAGCUCUUUAUGCUGGGCUUGCCCUUCCUGGCCGUGCAGAACGCCCUCUCCUAUUGGCCCUUCGGCACCCACAUGUGCCGCUUGGUCAUGACUGUGGACGGGAUCAACCAGUUCACCAGCAUCUUCUGCCUGACCGUCAUGAGCAUCGACCGCUACCUGGCUGUGGUCCAUCCUAUCCGCUCCUCCAAGUGGAGGAAGCCCCGAGUGGCCAAGGCGGUCAACGGCACGGUUUGGGCCUUCUCUUUCGUGGUGGUCCUGCCCGUGGUGGUCUUCGCCAACGUGCCAGCCGGCCUGGGGGUCUGCAACAUCGACUGGCCCCAGCCGGCGGACGUCUGGCGGGCCACCUUCAUCAUCUACACCUCCACCUUGGGCUUCUUCGGCCCCCUGCUGGUUAUCUGCCUGUGCUACCUGCUGAUCGUGGUGAAGGUCCGCAGCGCUGGGAAGAAGGUGGGGACGGUGGCUUCUUCCAAGCGCAAGAAGUCGGAGCGGAAAGUCACGAGGAUGGUGGUCACCGUGGUGGCGCUUUUCGUCCUCUGCUGGCUGCCGUUCUACGCCUUGAACAUCGUCAACCUGGUGGUCUCGCUGCCCGGGGAGCCCCGGGGCGUCUACUUCUUCGUGGUGGUCCUGUCGUACGCCAACAGCUGCGCCAACCCCUUCGUCUACGGCUUCCUGUCCGAGAACUUCAAGAGAGGCUUUCGGAGGGCCCUCUGCCGCCGCGCCUCCAGGAAGGUGGAGAGCCGGGAGGCGCGAAACGGGGAAGCUAGGAAGAGGGAGAAUGAGGUUCAGGAGGAGGAGGCUGGGGAGGCAGGGGAGGAAGGAGAGGGGGGAGGAGGGGUGGAGGAGGAGGAGGAGGAGGAGGAAGCCACAGAGAUGACACAGAUCUGCAGGAUCGCCCAGAACGGAAACGGACGCAGGACGCUGCUGCUGCAAGGCACCCCUGGGGUGUCCCCCAAGACAGGCCCAGACCCCAGCGGGAAGAGUUCGGGGGUCCCCGGGGCCGCGCGGCCACCCUCGACCGCGCCGGCCCCCCUGAAAGAGAGUGUGAAAGUCGUCGCCGAGCCUCCAGCGGGAGAGAAGAGCGCCCUGCUGGAGAUCAGCUGUCUGUAACGCCUGGGGCUCCGGAGCAGGGCCGGCGUCCAGAGAGAGACGGAGGGAGGGAGACAUGGGCUGGGGGUCAGAGCUUCGGAUUGUUUCCCGAGAUGAGAUGGAGGUGGAGAGAGGCGACGCAGACAGACAGACAGACAGACUGACAGAGAUACAGACAGACUUACAGAGUGGCAGACAGACAGACAGACUUUCCCCUUCCUCUGCAGGGCUCUGUUUCAGCCAAUCUCUGUGUUUGCACUGAGCUUUAUAUGAACACAGAUAUGAGGACAGAGCCCUUAUUUGACUUUCAUGUCUAAACAAACCCCAGUGUAACACCUGCAUUCAAUGUAAUAUAAUGUGAUGUGAACAGUGUGUAUGUAGUGUUGUAUACACGCCAAAAAGCUUUGCAUCACCUAGAGUCACCCUGCAGAAUUAACUUGUGUAUGUGGCUACGACUUCAGCUCCCAGCAAAAUCUAAGAGAAUUGAUUUUUAAAAAGUUUUUUUUUUACUUUCAAAUCUUGUUCCAUUGAAAGACCUUAUUGGAAAAUC